AAUGUAAUUUUCUGAAGAAAAGGCCCUGAUGUUUUCACACUCAACCAGUGGAAGACAAUAGAAAUUUAAGAAUGUACUGAAGAUCAAUAGCUCAUCCUGCAAAUUAGAUUAAGCUUGUGUUUCGUUCCGAUGCAAAGUCAUACUAUUCUAUAUGGCAAGGCCAGAGCAUCAUUCAAUUUUGAAACAAAACUAUACACAAAACUUGGUUCAACGAGUCCCUCUGAAUUUCCCACCUCAAUUCCUGGGAGAACACAUGUUAGAUCAUGUCUUAUUAGGGCCAAAAUUCCACGUUGCCACGCAUUCGAAAGAAGCGUAAACCAAGCAGAAAUGACUGAUGAAGAUGAUGAUCUGUGUCCAGUUGAAUGCGUUAGAGAAUUUAAGACUGACGAGGAAUUGUUCAGAAUUCUCGAAACGGCCAAAAAAACCGGUUCUUUAGUCGUUGUAGAUUUUUAUCGCACAUCAUGUGGAAGCUGCAAGUACAUAGAGCAGGGGUUUUCAAAGUUGUGCAAGGGAGCUGGCAAUGGAGAAGCCGGAGUGAUCUUCUUAAAGCAUAAUGUAAUUGAUGAGUACGAUGAACAAUCCGAGGUUGCAGAGCGACUUAGAAUUAAGACGGUGCCCCUCUUCCAUUUUUACAAAGAUGGGAUUCUCUUGGAGGCGUUCCCAACCAGAGACAAAGAGAGGAUUAAUGCAGCCAUUAGUAAAUACACAUCGCCGGCAUCUGAAGAAGAUGAUGCUUGAGCUACAUUAGUUAUAGCAAUCCAGUCCCUCAACAUAUAUAUAGGUUAUAAGAUAAGUGCUAUGGACUAAUGUGUGGAUUGUAAUAUGUUGGAUGAGAUUUCAUUACUUUAUCUAAUAUAUAGCGUAUAUAAAU